UCACACAAAAGCAAGAUGGAGGAUCUCACAGUCGAAGUAUGCGGCGAAAACGGAGCAUAUUAUAAGGCCUUUGUCACCGAUGUCUUUGAAGACGAGGUUCUGGUAACUUUCGAAAACGACUGGCAACCAGAAUCAAAAUUUCCAUUUGCUCAAGUACGUCUACCUCCAAAAGAUGUUUCGAAACCUGAAUUUUCUGAGAACAUGGAGAUUGAGGUAUUUUCUAGGUCCAAUGAGCUUGAAGCAUGUGGGUGGUGGAAAGCAGUUAUUAAGAUGAGUAAAGGCGGUUUUCAAGUAGUCGAAUAUUCGGGAUGGGAAUGUUCUUAUACAGAAAUUGUAGCUAGUGAGCGACUAAGAGCAAAAAAUCCUAACGCCCCCAUCGAUAAAAAUACAUUUCACAAGAUCGAAAUCGAAGUACCUGAAGAUCUAAGAGAAUUUGCCAAAUUGGAAAAUGCGCAUAAGGAAUUUCAAAGAGCGAUAGGGGCGGCAGUGUGCCGAUAUGUGCCUGAACGAGGAGUAUUGCUGGCCAUCUCCCGUCAUGAAAAUUUACAUCGUCACAGUAGCAUGCUCCAAGAAAUGCACUUUAGAAACUUAUCGCAAAAGGUAUUGCUUUUAAAAAGAACAGAAGAAGCUGCACGUCAACUUGAGUCAACUAAGCUUCAAACAACUGGGGGCAAAUUUAGAUCUUCAAACUUUAUAUAUCAGCGUGUCUCAGACUUUGAGGCAGGAGUGAAAACAAAUUCAAGAUACACAGAUGAAUUUAAUGUUCGAGAAGAUUUGAUGGGUUUAGCAAUUGGUGCUCAUGGGGCAAACAUUCAGCAAGCAAGGAAGGUUGAUGGAAUUACAAAUAUAGAAUUAGAGGAAAAUUCAUGCACGUUUAAAAUAUAUGGAGAGACACAUGAAGCUGUCAAAAAAGCUCGUUCUAUGCUCGAAUAUAGCGAGGAAUCUAUACAAGUACCACGUGUUCUGGUAGGCAAAGUAAUUGGAAAGAAUGGUCGUAUAAUACAAGAAAUUGUCGACAAAAGUGGUGUGGUACGAGUAAAGAUAGAAGGAGACAAUGAACCGCAACCAACGAUUCCAAGAGAAGAGGGUCAGGUGCCCUUUGUAUUUGUUGGUACUGUUGAAAGUAUUGCCAAUGCCAAAAUGCUGUUAGAAUAUCAUUUGGCGCAUUUGAAGGAAGUAGAACAGUUACGCCAAGAGAAAUUAGAAAUUGACCAACAAUUAAGAAGCAUGCAUGGAUCAACAACAGGACCAAUGCCCAAUUUUCCUCCAACAAGACGAGGAAUGAUUGCAGGCCCGGAGGAAGGUGGUGGAGGUCGUGGAGGUCGUGGUGGCCAAUCUCGUGGACGUGGUGGCAGGGGUAGGCCUUCUACCAGACACAAUGCCGGAUUACGUCGAGAUACCUUAGAUGGUAGUGAAGAUCGAGUAAGGGAUCUACCUCCAAGAGGUGGUCAUCAAGGAGGUGCAGGCAAUUCAGGGUACAUGGGUAGACAAGGUCGUCCUCCAACUCAACGUAGAGAUCGUAGAGAUGAACGUCGUCGAACAACUGAUGAUGAAGACACAGUUCUUGAUAGUCAAGAUGUUUCAAGCAUUGAUAGAGAAUCUGUAUCAAGCGUGGAGGGAGGACCUAAAGGCACGAGGCGAAGGCGACUUCGACGUUCUAGACAACGUAGUUCUACACCAACAAAUAAUCAAAAAGGCAGUAAUGCCGGCCCAGCAGACCAAUCAACUGUAACUAGUAAAGAAGGAACACCAGCAAAUGACGUUUCUACUACUAACAACAGUUCUCAAGGUCCUAAAGGCCAAAGAGAACUACGAUUUCGUCCUCCUCGUAUGCAACAGAGCAAUAAGCCUAAGGAAGCUCUGGUUAAUGGUACCAGUGGCUAAACAACCAUUGUGGUCAACAACUGCUACUUACAUAUAACACUACACUUGAUGAGAGCUAUUAACACCCAGCACAUAACAUGACGCAUACCUACGCAAGGACUACACGAUUAUGGAACGCGACAUGAUUAGUCUACGCUCGUUGUUAAGACUGUUUGCUACCGAUAAGAA